AUUAAGUACAUACAAUUUUUUUUUUUUAUAUGAAUUUUUAUAAAACAUAAAAUUAAACUUUUUGAAGUCAUAAUGGUGGGUCCACUAAUGCAAGGCAUGGUACUUUUGGGUAUAAUAUAUUGGUACUCUAAGGGAAUGUUAUCCAUUAUAAAUGAUUAUUACCGUACAGAAAUUCAGAGAAAAUUAAAAACCGAAAAUGGUCAGAAUGACACUAUUUAUAAUGUAGAUGAUCUAUUUAAUAACCUCAAAACGGAAGAGAAUUUAGUAAAAUAUGAAGAGAAAGUUGAUAGCAAUUUUAAAGAUUUUGUAGAUAUAUAUAAAUUAGAGGUAAAUACUACAUACUUAGGAAUUUGUUAUAAACCUAACAAUUUAAUAAUAUUUAAUAAAAUAAUAAAUAAUCUUAACAAAUGUGUAAGGAGCGAGAUGAUGUACAAUAACAGAAGCACACAUGUGGCAAAACAAUAUUUACGUAUAAAUAACUUUAAUUGAAAUAAAAGGAUUGAAAUUUA